AUGAUUAGAGCUAUAAGGGCCUGCAAAACUGCUGCGGAAGAACGGGCUGUUGUGAGAAAAGAGUGUGCUGCUAUCCGUGCUGCAGUUAGUGACAAUGACCAAGAAUACAGGCAUCGUAACCUUGCAAAACUUAUGUUCAUUCACAUGCUUGGUUAUCCCACUCAUUUUGGGCAAAUGGAAUGUCUCAAAUUGAUAGCAUCUGCCGGCUUCCCUGAGAAACGAAUAGGAUAUCUUGGUCUUAUGUUGCUUCUUGACGAGAGGCAGGAAGUUCUUAUGCUGGUCACAAACUCCUUAAAGCAAGAUCUCAAUCAUUCAAACCAGUAUAUCGUUGGUCUUGCUUUAUGUGCUUUGGGAAAUAUUUGUUCUGCUGAAAUGGCACGGGAUCUUGCUCCAGAAGUUGAGCGAUUAUUGCAAAGUCGCGACCCAAACAUUAAGAAAAAAGCUGCACUAUGUUCCAUAAGGAUUGUAAGAAAAGUUCCUGAUUUGGCAGAAAACUUUAUGAGUCCUGCUGCUGCUUUACUGAAGGAAAAACAUCAUGGCGUUCUUAUUGCUGGAGUUCAGCUAUGUACAGAUCUUUGUAGAGCUAGCCCAGAGGCCCUUGUAUACUUGAGGAAGAACUGCACAGAGGGAUCAGUCCGGAUACUAAAGGAUAUUUCCAACAGCUCCUAUGCGCCUGAGUAUGACAUUUCUGGAAUUACGGACCCAUUUUUACACAUCAGAGUACUUAAGCUUAUGAGAAUGUUGGGCCAGGGUGACGUGGAUGCAAGUGAAUCUAUUAAUGACAUUCUUGCUCAGGUUGCCACUAAAAUUGAGUCAAACAAAAAUGCUGGCAAUGCAAUUCUCUAUGAAUGUGUCGAAACUAUAAUGGGUAUUGAGGCUACGAGUGGUCUUCGAGUUCUUGCAAUAAAUAUAUUGGGAAGGUUUUUGUCAAAUCGUGACAACAAUAUCAGAUAUGUUGCACUCAACAUGCUGAUGAAAUCUGUUGUGGUUGAUUCUCAAGCAAUGCAAAGACACAGAUCAACAAUUUUAGAGUGUGUAAAGGACUCUGAUGCUUCAAUUAGGAAAAGAGCCCUUGAGCUUGUAUGUCUUCUAGUCAAUGAUACCAAUGUGAAGCCUUUGACCAAAGAACUGAUUGACUACUUAGAAGUUAGCGAUGAAGAAUUCAAAGGAGAUCUUACAGAAAAAAUUUGCUCUGUUGUUGUAAGAUUUUCAUCUGACAAGUUAUGGUAUAUUGAUCAGAUGCUGAAGAUCUUAUCUGAGGCUGGGAAUCAUUUAAAAGAUGAGGUCUGGCAUUACCUAAUAGUUGUUAUAAGCAACGCAAGCGAUCUUCAAGGAUACUCUGUGAGGGCACUAUAUAAGGCUUUUCAAAAAUCUUCUUCCCAGAUUGGUUUAGUGCGUGUUGCACUAUGGUGCAUUGGUGAAUAUGGGGAAAUGCUAGUUAAAGGAACUGGUAUGCUUGCAACAGAGGAUCCUCUGACUGUAACUGAAUCUGAUGCAGUCGAUGUUGUUGAGGUUGCUUUGAAAUCUCAUUCUUCAGAUAUUACAAUUGGAGCCAUGUCUCUGAUUACUUUACUGAAGCUUUCAUCUCGUUUUCCUACCAUCUCAGAGAGGAUAAGAGAGCUUAUUAUACAACACAAAGGUAACUUUGAGCUAGAAUUACAGCAAAGAUCAAUUGAAUUUAAUAGUAUCAUGCAGAAGCACAAAAACAUAAAAUCUUCUUUGCUUGAAAGGAUGCCUGUUUUGGAUGAGUUAACUUACAUAGGAAGGAAGGAUGGCUCUUCAACGGAUGGCCUUCCUGUCAAGCCCAGCAAAGCAACCCUUUCAGGAGCUUCACUCAAUUUGCAAAAUGGCGUGACGAAGCCACCAGCACCAUCUAUGGGGGAUUUACUCGAUUUGAGUUCUGAUGAUGUCCCUGCCACCAAGUCAUCAACCAAUGAUUUUCUGCAGGACCUAUUGGGUGUUGAUUUGGGAACACCUUUACCAUCAGGUGCUGCUUUCGCUGGAGGCUCAGAUAUUUUGAUGGAUCUUUUAUCAAUUGGUUCUCCCGUUCAAAAUGAUUCGUCACCAUUAAAUGGCAUCUCAACCAGUGUGGCCAAUUCUUCAGCGGUUGGUCCUCUGGAUGGUUUGUCAUCUUUAACUUCCACGUCCACAUCCCUAUCUUCUGAAGCAUUGGCCAUAGAUCCUCUGAGAGGGAUUGAUCAAAUUACCAGAUCGCCUCCAUCCACCGUUCCAAUAGUAGAUUUACUGGAUGGCUUGUCAAAUCAUGUAACUGUUUCAGGUAGUGAAAAACCAGAUUUUCCAUCCAUAACUGCUUUUGAGAGCAAUUCAUUGAAUAUCAUGUUCAGCUUCACAAAGCUGCCUGGGAAACUCAAUGUUACGCAUAUCAAAGCUACCUUUACAAAUAAAUCAUCGAAUACAUAUACAGAUUUCAUUUUUCAAGCUGCUGUUCCAAAGUUUAUUCAGCUGCACCUGGAUCCUGCUAGCAGCAGUACUAUUCCGCCUAGUGGAACUGGGUCUAUAAUGCAAACAUUAUCGGUCACUAAUAGCCAACACGGGCAGAAACCGCUUGCAAUGCGUAUAAGGAUGGCUUAUAAAGUGAAUAACAAAGAUAUGCUAGAACAAGGACAGAUUACCAGCUUUCCUCCUGGCCUGUAACGGUGAGCAGAGUUCCUUGUCUUUGUGAUAUUGCUCUAUUGUUUCAAUAUCCACAGGCAGGCCCAAAAUUUCCAUUUUUUUAAGGAAAAUUAGUGAUGAACAUGAGAAAAUAUAGGCAUUUUUCACUCUAGUGUGGAGCGCACAUCAUGGUUGUAUUUCGAUGCUUUUGCGUUUUCGAUCUGUAGCUUUGUGUAUAUUGGAUACAGCGUUUGAAAAAAGAUGAUUCUUUGAAGGAGAGUAGCAUGUACGCUGGAACUUAAAACACUUCCAUAAAUUUUGUUUCGAAAUUGUAUUUGU